GGUCUCUUGUUGUGCUUUGGGAUCUGUGCCCGGAACCACCUGGAGGAAACUUGGGAGAAAUUGGAGGAAUUUGGGAAAUCCGACGUCUUCAAGAAAUCCCUGGGGUUGUUCAGCAUCUUCAAGGAGCGCAGCGAGGCGGAUCAGGAGCGGCUCCGCGCCGCCCUGGUGCUCUGUUACGGCCGCGUGGCGGCGGCGGCGCCCCCGGAGCUGCUGCGCUCGCGCCUGGAGCAGCAGCUGCUGCAGCGGCUCCUGCAGCACUCAAAAACCAAGGUUCUGGGAAUAAAAGUAGAGACCAAGCUCCACAAUCCCAGAAUUCCAUAA